AUGUCAUAUCCCGCCCCUCAGUGCACCACGUGUGGAUUCCCAUACCACGCCACUAGUGUCUGUCGCGAACACAUCGUCACUCACCAAAAUCAAUACGCCGUACCAAAUGGAUGGUGGUCCCACGACAACCUCGGAUUCCAGAACGAAGAUAUCGACGAAACCUCGGAUACACUACCUUUUAUAAAGGAACGAAACUUCAAAGUCGAUACGUCCCCGUUUACGAGGGGGUUCGGAAUUGGUCGUAGCCACGGGCCUUACCCGGUUGCGGUACCGGCCAACCAGGCUACACAAGCGAACGACGUAGACCCACGUUUUGGGGAUAAUCCUGCCCCUGCAGCUGAGGCUCUCCCCGCAAGUGCCAGCCUCAUCCGAGAGCCCAGAAACUUUAAGGCUCGUGGAAUCAAAAGCCAAAUUGGACCACACUGUGACUCAUCCGCGGCCGCGACCAAAGAGCUUUUCUGCGCCCACUGCCUUUUUCCCGGUUGUGAGCAUGUCAUGUACAGCACCAAAAGGUCAAAAGCGAAGGAUAACCUUUUGCAGCAUCACCAAAAAAAGGGACAGAAACAUAAGCUAUGGAUGUGUCAGCUGGCAAAUAAAAGCGACCGAUGCCGUGUUUCAACCAGAUUACUUGCAGAACCCCCAAGGGAAACCCACCAUUAA